GCUGGAAUGAUAAAAAGUGAUAAUGAAGAGUAUUUCAUUGAACCCUUGGAAAGAGGUAAGCAGAUGGAGGAAGAAAAAGGAAGGAUUCAUGUCGUCUACAAGAGAUCAUCAGCAGAGCGGGAUCCUAUAGACAUGUCCAAAGAUUUCUAUCCCAGAGAGUCGGCUCUGGAAGGUCUUGAUGAUCUAGGUACAAUUUACAGCAACGUUGACCAGCAGCUGAAUGAAACGAUAAGGCGCCGCAGACAUACAGGAGAAAACGGUUACAACAUCGAGGUGCUGCUGGGAGUGGAUGACUCCGUGGUCCGUUUCCAUGGCAAGGAGCAUGUUCAAAACUACCUCCUCACCCUGAUGAACAUUGUGAAUGAAAUUUACCAUGAGGAGUCCCUGGGAGUGCAUAUAAAUGUGGUCCUGGUCCGCAUGAUAAUGCUGGGUUACGCAAAGUCCAUCAGUCUCAUAGAAAGGGGAAAUCCAUCCAGGAGCUUGGAGAAUGUGUGUCGCUGGGCUUGCCAGCAACAAAAACCUGAUCCCAACCACUCUGAACACCAUGAUCAUGCAAUUUUCUUAACCAGGCAAGACUUUGGACCUGCAGGAAUGCAAGGAUAUGCUCCAGUCACAGGCAUGUGUCAUCCAGUGAGAAGUUGUACCCUGAAUCAUGAGGAUGGCUUUUCAUCAGCUUUUGUAGUAGCCCAUGAAACUGGCCAUGUGUUGGGAAUGGAGCAUGAUGGACAAGGCAACAGGUGUGGUGAUGAGACUGCUAUGGGCAGUGUCAUGGCUCCCUUGGUACAAGCAGCCUUUCAUCGCUACCACUGGUCUCGAUGCAGUGGUCAGGAACUGAAAAGAUAUAUCCAUUCCUAUGAUUGUCUCCUUGAUGACCCUUUUGAACAUGAUUGGCCCAAACUCCCAGAACUUCCCGGAAUAAAUUAUUCUAUGGAUGAUCAAUGUCGUUUUGAUUUUGGUGUUGGUUACAAAAUGUGCACUGCGUUCCGGACCUUUGACCCAUGUAAACAGUUGUGGUGCAGCCAUCCUGAUAAUCCCUACUUUUGUAAGACUAAAAAGGGACCCCCACUUGAUGGGACUGAAUGUGCUGCUGGAAAAUGGUGCUAUAAGGGUCAUUGCAUGUGGAAGAAUGCUAAUCAACAAAAACAAGAUGGCAAUUGGGGGUCUUGGACCAAAUUUGGCUCCUGUUCCAGGACGUGUGGAACUGGUGUUCGUUUCAGAACACGCCAAUGCAAUAACCCCACGCCCAUCAAUGGUGGUCAGGAUUGUCCUGGUGUUAAUUUCGAGUACCAGCUUUGUAAUACAGAAGAAUGCCAAAAGCACUUUGAGGACUUCAGAGCACAGCAGUGCCAGCAGCGUAACUCCCACUUUGAAUACCAGAAUACCAAACACCACUGGUUGCCAUAUGAACACCCUGACUCCAAGAAAAGAUGCCACCUUUACUGUCAAUCCAAAGAGACUGGAGAUGUUGCUUAUAUGAAACAACUAGUACACGAUGGAACACGCUGUUCUUACAAAGACCCGUAUAGCAUAUGUGUGCGAGGAGAGUGUGUAAAAGUGGGCUGUGAUAAAGAAAUCGGUUCCAACAAGGUUGAGGAUAAAUGUGGUGUCUGUGGAGGAGAUAAUUCCCACUGUCGAACUGUGAAGGGGACAUUUACCAGAACGCCCAGGAAGCUUGGGAAGACAAGAGGCGCUUUCACUUUACCCAAAGGAGCCCGUAAUAUUUCUCUUGCUGAAACAAGAGAAGCUAAAAAUGUACUGGCUAUUAAGAACCAAGCUACAGGUCACUACAUUUUAAAUGGCAAAGGGGAAGAAACCAAGUCACGGACCUUCAUUGACCUUGGUGUGGAGUGGGAUUAUAACAUUGAAGAUGACAUUGAAACUCUUCACACUGAUGGACCUUUACAUAAUCCUGUUAUUGUUCUGAUUAUACCUCAGGAGAAUGAUACCCGCUCUAGCCUGACAUAUAAAUACGUCAUCCAUGAAGACUCGGUGCCUACAAUCAACAGCAACAAUGUUAUCCAGGAAGAAUUAGAUACUUUUGAGUGGGCUUUGAAGAGCUGGUCUCAGUGUUCCAAACCCUGUGGUGGAGGUUUCCAGUACACUAAAUACGGAUGCCGUAGGAAAAGUGAUAAUAAAAUGGUUCAUCGUAGCUUCUGUGAGGCCAAUAAAAAGCCAAAACCUAUUAGACGAAUGUGCAAUAUUCAAGAAUGUACACAUCCACUCUGGGUAGCAGAAGAGUGGGAACACUGCACCAAAACCUGUGGCAAUUCUGGCUACCAGCUUCGCACUGUCCGUUGUCUUCAGCCACAACAUGAUGGCACCAACCGCUCUGUGCACAGCAAGUACUGUGUGGGUGACCGUCCUGAAAGCCGUCGGCCCUGUAACAGAGUGCCCUGCCCAGCCCAGUGGAAAACAGGGCCCUGGAAUGAGUGUUCAGUGACCUGUGGUGAAGGAACAGAGGUGAGGCAGGUGCUCUGCAGGGCUGGAGACCACUGCGAUGGGGAGAAGCCUGAGUCUGUCAGAGUCUGCAAGCUGCCUCCCUGUAAUGAUGAGCCAUGUUUAGGAGACAAGUCCAUAUUUUGUCAAAUGGAAGUGCUGGCACGGUACUGCUCCAUACCAGGUUAUAACAAGCUGUGUUGUGAGUCAUGUGGCAAGCGUAAUAGCACCCUGCCACCACCAUACCAGCUGGAAGCUGCUGACACGCAUGAUGAUGCUGUGUUUAGCCCUGGUGACCUCCCUGGUCCUACAAUGAGGCCUACACCUUCAGUCCCUUCCUAUUCAGACACCCCUGCCGGGAAAAAAUCUUUGAGUAGCAUUUCUUCAGUGGGAAGUCCAAACGCAUAUGCUGCUUUCAUUCCAAACAUUAGACCUGAUGGUGCUACCUCACCCCAGAGGAGAGCACAGCAGGCUGGAAGUAAGACACCAAGACUGGCCUCAGUACCAUCCUCUUCACCCACCAAGAGGGGCCACUUCCAAGCUACUUCACAGGUGGCUGCUGCUCCCUUCCUUGAAGUCAGUGAUUCAUCAGGUGCUUCUUCUCAGGCAAGAACCUCAACGAAAGAUGAAAAGAUUAUUAACAAGAGACAUCCGAUAAGUUCAUCCACCUUAGAAAGAUGA